UCUUUAUAUAACCACCUUCACCACCUCACAAAAACACUCACGCUCAUCAGCCACCGGUUAAACACUUUCGAGGUGUAAAGCUUCAGCUCCAGCCAUCACAGACAGGAGAGAAUGCCGCUGUCUUACUGUGUAGCAGAGAGAAAGCCCUGCGUCCGUUGGGUUGAGAGGUACUUCAAGGACUGCCUCUGUAAUCUCGGCGAUGAUUUUUCUUUCGGUUUUGGACUCGUCAGCUUGGUUUGUUGGGGAGUUGCAGAAAUCCCUCAGAUCAUCACCAACUUUCAGACCAAGUCCAGCCAUGGUGUCUCUCUCGCUUUCCUCCUCACUUGGGUUGCCGGGGAUGUGUUUAAUCUGAUGGGAUGUCUUCUGGAACCAGCAACCUUGCCUACCCAGUACUACACAGCUCUGCUUUACACAACAAGCACCGUAGUGUUGGUGUUGCAAACCCUGUACUAUGAUUACUUCUAUUCAUGGUGGAAAUGUGGCAAAGUCUCAGUGAACCAAUUGGCACAAGAUGAGAAAGAAGAUUACAGAAAACCAUUGAAUCCUGAGACGGUUGAUUCUGCAGGCGUCCCAAUACCGAAUGCUUUUCUCAAAGCCACUCCUAGAAAAGAGUUCUACUAUACGUCAGCUAGAUCUCUGGCGGGUAGCGGUACCCCGCCGUUUCGAACGUAUAUGAGGGUAGCCAGAAGUGGUCCUUCAUUGACAAUAGACAGUGACUCAUCUUCGGAGGACGAGUCUGCUCCAGUUACAUCAAAGAACUCUGUUACGACUUCCCAACCCCGGCCAAUUCCAAGAUCGGUAGGUUAUGGGGCCUUCUUAGCUACAUCACUUAACUUGCCCUUCGGAAGCAAGGCUAUGACACAAGUUUUAUACAUAGGACUUACUGGGAGAAAGCUAUUACAGGAACACUCAGUUGGGCAUAGUGUUUAUGGCCAAUGGUUGGGGUGGCUGAUGGCUGCUAUAUACAUGGGUGGGCGACUACCUCAGAUUUGGUUAAACAUUAAGAGAGGGAGCGUGGAGGGCUUGAAUCCUUUAAUGUUCGUCUUUGCACUGAUUGCAAAUGUCACUUACGUGGCGAGCAUACUUGUAAGAACAAUCGAGUGGGAUAGCAUUAAAGCUAAUAUGGCAUGGUUGCUCGAUGCUGCAGUUUGCGUGGCACUCGACUUAUUUAUAAUACUGCAGUACAUGUAUUACAGACACUGGAGGAAUAGGACUAGAAGUGGUGGUGAUGAAGACAACAUAUACCACAAUGAACAAGAGAAGGCUGUAGGUGCUUAAUGGAGUAAACAUUGCAAAGAGUAUAUAUAUGCCAGCGGGAAAUCCAGAGCUAGAUCGAGUCUGAUAUUUAUCAUUACUUAUCAUAACCUAUGUAUCAUGGAUAUCCUUGCUAACUAUUAGUUGGGGAUUACUUCUAGCUUAUUGUUGGAAUAGAAUGAUCUUAAAUGAUUUGGAUUCUAUCUC